CCCUAGCGCAUUUACUACCUGUCCCUGGAGUUCUACAUGGGCCGCACUCUGCAGAACACCAUGGUGAACCUAGGCCUGCAGAACGCUUGCGACGAAGCCAUUUACCAGCUGGGUUUGGACUUGGAGGAGCUGGAAGAAAUUGAAGAAGAUGCUGGUCUGGGAAACGGUGCCUGGCAGCUUGCUUCCUGGACUCCAUGGCCACACUGGGGCUGGCAGCGUACGGUUACGGCAUCCGCUACGAGUUCGGUAUCUUCAAUCAGAAGAUUGUCGAUGGCUGGCAGGUGGAGGAGGCUGACGACUGGCUGCGCUACGGCAAUCCCUGGGAGAAAGCUCGCCCCGAGUACAUGCUCCCCGUGCACUUCUACGGCCGUGUCGAUCACACCCCUGAGGGUGUGAAGUGGGUCGACACCCAGGUUGUCCUCGCUAUGCCUUACGACACGCCAGUGCCAGGAUACAAGAACAACACUGUAAACACCAUGAGGCUGUGGUCUGCAAAAGCGCCCAAUGACUUCAACCUCCAAGAGUUCAAUGUGGGUGACUACAUCGAGGCGGUGCUGGACAGAAACCUGGCAGAAAAUAUAUCCCGAGUCCUGUACCCGAAUGACAAUUUCUUUGAAGGCAAGGAGCUGCGGCUGAAACAGGAGUACUUUGUGGUGGCUGCUACCCUCCAGGACAUCAUCCGCCGCUUCAAAUCCUCCAAAUUUGGCUGUCGAGACCCUGUGAGAACGUGCUUUGAAACCUUCCCAGACAAGGUGGCCAUUCAGCUGAAUGACACCCACCCUGCCCUGUCCAUCCCAGAGCUCAUGCGGAUCCUGGUGGAUGUGGAGAAAGUGGAUUGGGACAAGGCCUGGGAAAUCACAAAACGGACCUGUGCCUACACCAACCACACUGUGCUGCCUGAAGCCCUGGAGCGCUGGCCGGUCUCCAUGUUUGAAAAGCUGCUGCCGCGUCACCUGGAGAUCAUUUAUGCCCUGAACCAAAUGCAUCUGGACCGCGUGGCGGCCCUCUACCCAGGGGACAUUGACCGUCUCCGGAGGAUGUCAGUGAUCGAGGAAGGAGACUGCAAACGUAUUAACAUGGCACACCUCUGUGUGAUUGGCUCCCAUGCGGUCAAUGGCGUGGCCCGUAUCCACUCUGACAUUGUGAAGAACUCAGUGUUCAAGGAUUUCUAUGAACUGGAGCCGGAGAAGUUUCAGAACAAGACAAAUGGGAUCACGCCGAGGCGCUGGCUCCUGCUGUGUAAUCCGGGACUGGCUGACGUUAUUGCUGAGAAAAUUGGCGAAGGCUUUAUCACAGAUCUGAGCCAGCUGAAGAAACUCCUGGAUUUCAUCAAUAACGAGACUUUUAUCAGGGAUGUGGCGAAAGUCAAGCAGGAGAACAAGCUGAAGUUUGCAGCCUACUUGGAGGAGCAGUACAAGGUCAAGAUCAACCCUUCGUCCAUGUUCGAUGUUCAGGUCAAGCGAAUCCAUGAGUAUAAGCGGCAACUGCUGAACUGCCUGCAUGCUAUCACCCUCUACAACCGCAUCAGGAACGAUCCAUCCAAAUCCUUUGUGCCCAGGACUAUUAUGAUUGGAGGAAAGGCGGCCCCUGGCUACCACAUGGCCAAGAUGAUCAUCAAGCUCAUCACGUCCAUCGGUGAGGUCAUCAACAACGAUCCCUAUGUGGGGGACAGGCUCAAGGUCAUCUUCCUGGAGAACUACCGGGUAUCCUUGGCUGAAAAGGUGAUCCCGGCAGCAGAUCUCUCCCAGCAGAUCUCCACAGCCGGCACAGAGGCCUCGGGUACCGGCAACAUGAAGUUCAUGGUGAAUGGGGCCCUCACCAUCGGUACCAUGGAUGGGGCCAAUGUGGAGAUGGCUGAGGAGGCAGGAGAAGAAAACCUCUUCAUCUUUGGCAUGCGUGUGGAGGAUGUGGAGGCCCUGGAUCGCCGAGGGUACAAUGCACGAGAGUACUACGAGCGGCUGCCAGAGCUGCGACAAGCCAUCGACCAGAUCAGCAGUGGGUUUUUCUCCCCUCGAGACCCCGGUUGCUUCAAGGACGUUGUGAACAUGCUCAUGUACCAUGACAGGUUUAAGGUGUUUGCCGACUACGAGGCCUACAUUAAAUGCCAAGGCCAAGUGGACCAGUUGUUUAUGGACCCCCGGGAAUGGACUAAGAAAGUCAUUAGGAACAUCGCAUGCUCGGGCAAGUUCUCCAGUGACAGGACCAUCACAGAGUAUGGGCGAGAUAUCUGGGGCGUGGAGCCAUCAGCCACAAAAAUCCCCCCACCCAACCUCCCCCGGGAUUGAUGCAAGCACAGAGGGAAGGAAGGAGGGAUGGGCUCCCAGCCCAGGAGGCCUCACCUGUGUUUCACCUGGGCUCAGCUCUGCAGAAACGAAGCCUUUCUCGGAGAGGGGGAGGGUAGAAGGAUGCUCUGAGGAGGAGCCC